UUACAUGAUGGCUGCCUAAUUAUCCAUACGUUAAUAUAGUGUGGUAUGGUGCAAAAAUAAAAUAAAAAAUAAAAAAGUGGUAUUAUCUUGUUUGAUUUCUUCAGCUUUCAAGACACCUAUGAGAUCUGCCUGUGUUAAACUAUUGACACAUCCUGUUGUAUACAGUCAGGACAUCGGUGCACAGCUAUCAGCAUACCGUCAGGACAUUGGUGCACAGCUAUCAGAGGAUUUUCAGUGCAGACCAGUCCUAGCAUCAGCCAUCCCCUCAUCAGAUGAUGAACCCCUGAGCUGUGCUCAGUUGUAUACACCCUCAUCACCACAGCCAAAGAAGAAGAAGAAGCAGAAGAAGCUGAUACAUAACAGAGCGGCGAUUCCAUUAUCAAGGGAGACGCAGACCAUUGAUAAUACAUGCUCUUCUGAGACACAAACACCUCGGGAGCCAACGACAAGAACAAUUGCUACACAGACGAAGCGGUGUAUUCAAACCGUCCCCAAGAAGGCCAUUAAAAGAACCGUGAAAGCCUCACAGGAGCCAACAACAUCAUAUGCUACACAGACGAAGCAGUUGAUUCAAACCGUCCCCAAGAAGGCCAUUAAAAGAUCUGUGAAAGCCUCCAUUACCCAAGUCCACACAGGCAGCAGCAGCAGCAGCAGCAGGAGAGUUAGCACAGUCCGAGAGACGGAGAGCGAGAACAAACACCACGAAGUGCAGCCGGAAGAGUUCACCGACGUUUUUAGAGUCAGUUCUGAAACACGGGAGAGGCGUCGAGUGGAGCUGAAGAUAAACGUGACGUGGAGAUAA